UCGGGCCGCCGAGAGGUUAAAGUCGGCGUGUUCUGCGUUCUGCUCGCUCCUGACACACAGGAUUUGAUAACAGUCUUCGUCUCACCCAAAAUGGCUGCCGGCCAUUGUCUCUACUGCUCGGAAUGUCGCCAGAGAGAGUUCCUCUCCUGUUUUCUUACAAACCCGCACUAUGGCAGCCUCAUUAACGCAGAUGGCCAUGCUGAAGUGUGGACAGAUUGGAAUAAUAUGUCCAAGUUUUCCCAGUAUGGAUGGAGAUGCACCACUAAUGAGAAUGCCUAUUCAAAUCGUACCCUGAUGGGCAACUGGAACCAGGAAAGAUAUGAUCUAAGGAAUAUAAUGCAGCCCAAACCCUUGCCUUCCCAGUUUGGACACUACUUUGAAACAACAUAUGAUACAAGCUACAAUAACAAAAUGCCACGUUCAAACCAUAGAUUUAAGCGAGAGCCUCACUGGUUCCCAGGACAUCAACCUGAGCUGGAUCCACCUCGAUACAAAUGCACAGAAAAGUCAACUUAUAUGCGUAGCUAUCCAAAACCUCAAAUUGAGCACCACUCUGUGUGUGUAUGUAAUCAUCAUAACUGCCCAUUUCAGAGUCUGAGGUUCUAACAAAAUAAUAAGAAGCUUCAUUUUUCCAGAACAGAAUACAGGAGGGAGCACAUUCUAAGCACAACUAAGAAGUCAGAACAUAUAGCACAGUUUCACUCUCUGAAUAAAUAAAGCA